UGGCCCAACUCGACUCCCGUCGUAUAUUCCGCUCGGUGCAGAGUGCGAUGGAAAGGUCUUUAACCUGUUGGUUUUGAGGAUCAUUACAUGGUAUCUAGCUGCUAUCAUCUGGAACUGGCAAAGAUAAACACUUAUAAGGUUCACUUUAUGGCCCCAGCUUGGUUUUUGUCUAUGUGCUGAUCAAUAGAACAGCAUAUUCAAGUCGCGGUAAUUCAUGGUCGGGUCCCAUGGACGGGGCAGCCCCAGAUGAGGUGUACUUCGUGGGGGUGGACGUGGGCACCGCGGGGGUCCGGGCGGCCCUGGUGACCAGAGACGGCCGGCUGGAGAGCACAUGCGAGGAGCCCAUCAGCAUCUGGGAGCCCCUGGUCGACCACUACGUCCAGUCCUCCGACGAGAUAUGGGAAAAGUGCUGUGAGCUUGUGAAGAGGUUGACCCAGGGUGUCGACAAGAGCCAGGUACGGGGAAUCGGGUUCGACGCCACCUGCUCUCUGGUCGUGUUGGACAGGGACUUCCAGCCUGUGCCUGUCAACAAGAACGGGCAGCGGCAGCACAACGUGGUGAUGUGGAUGGACCAUCGCGCCCAGCAGCAGGCCACCCGCAUCACCAGCACCGGCCACCGGGCCCUGGGCCGCAUGGGUGGGGUCAUGUCCCCCGAGAUGCAGGCCCCCAAGCUGCUGUGGCUCAAAGAGAACCUGAGGGAAAGCUGCUGGGCGGAGGCGGGUCAUUUCCUGGACCUUCCUGACUUCCUGUCCUUUAAAGCCACCGGCUCCCUGACCAGGUCUCUGUGCACUCUGGUGUGUAAGUGGAGCUACUGUCCGUCCGGCGGAUGGGACCGAAGCUUCUGGACAGACAUCGGCCUGGAGGACCUCCUAGAAGAUAACUACAGCAAGAUAGGUAACCAGACCAGCGCCCCCGGGCUCCCAGUCGGUGGGGGUCUCUCCCUGCAGGCCGCAGCUGAUCUGGGCCUGAAUCCCGGGACCGCCGUGGGCGCCUCCCUGAUCGACGCCCACGCUGGAGGACUAGGAGUGAUCGGUGCCGAUGUGAAGGGCCUUGACCUGCCGUGUGAAGACCGGCCCCUCACCACACGGAUGGCCCUGAUCUGUGGAACGUCCUCCUGUCACAUGGCGAUCAGCGCGGGGCCCUUGUUUGUUCCUGGUGUGUGGGGCCCCUACCUGUCAGCCAUGGUGCCCGACCUUUGGCUCAACGAGGGGGGGCAGAGUGCCACCGGACGCUUGAUGGACCACAUGGUGAAGGGUCACGCAGCCUUCGCCCAGCUCCAGGAACUCUCACACCAGAGAUUCCCCCACACUGGUGAACACGUGUACUCCUACCUGAACGCCCACCUGGGCUCCAUGACCGAGGCCCGCGCCUCCCCUGUCGACCUGCUGGGCUCCUCUCUCCAUGUGUGGCCGGACUUCCACGGGAACAGGUCACCACUGGCGGACCCCAAUUUGCGGGGAAUGGUGAUCGGCCUGUCACUCUCCCAGACCGUGGAUGACCUGGCUCUGCUGUAUCUGGCCACUCUACAAGCUCUUGCUCUCGGCACGCGGCACAUCCUGGAGACAAUGACCAAGGCAGGACAUGACAUCACAACCCUCUUCCUGUGCGGGGGGUUGAGCAAAAAUCCUCUUUUUGUGCAGAUUCAUGCCAACACCACGGGACUUCCUCUGGUUCUUCCCCAUCAGACAGAGGCUGUCUUGGUUGGAGCUGCAAUCCUCGGUGCACGUGCAUCGCAAGAGUACACAACUAUACAGGACGCGAUGAAGAUCAUGGCCAAAGUUGGAGAAGUCGUUUGGCCUAAGCAGGAGCUAAGGAGUUUCUAUGAGAGAAAGUACCGGGUGUUCUUAAGCCUCGUCGACCACCAGAGGGAGUAUAAGGCUAUCAUGGAGAGCUGAAGCAAAUAACACUCUUCAUUUAGAAUUACCCCCAGACUUUAAUACUUUGUGAAUAUCACAGCUUUACAAUUGUGAGUAUUGCACAGGUUGAAUAUGCCCUGUAUCAACAAAAGAGGAUUCUGGAAGCACAAGAAGAAACCAAUGAAAGAACAAGAAGAUGUCUUGAAGGGACAAUCGGUGUUAAUUUGCCCAUUUGGCAAAUCGUAUCAUAGCAAAGGGCCAAAUGUGAAGCUUGUUUUCACAGUUAAUAAUAAAGCCUGUUCAACAUA